GGCUUCGUUAUAAAAAUUAAUAACCUGUAAAACUAUUACCAUUAAGAUAUAGUAUAAAAAGGUGAAAAGCACUAGUCGCAACAGAGAUUAGACAUCGUGUGAAAGUUUGGAAGAUUAAUUAAUUUCAUUAUUAUUUCUUAUAUUAAUUAAUACGGGCAAAGAGAACAGUACCCUGGUUCAUUGUACAAGUUGCUUCUACGCUGCAUACAGGAAUAAUUGCGUUCAGUCGAUUACAAGAAAACAAAAAAUAAUAAUCGUGAAUUUCAAUAUAUUCAAAACCUAAUAAAGUUGAGAAGAUAACAAUAGCUUACGAUUUAUCAUUCGGUAUAAUGAAUCUAAUCCUAAAACUAUCAUAUAUCAAUCAAUAACUAAGGAGUCUCUGGAUCCAAUCAUAAUGUCUAUAUAUACAAGAUGAAGUAGGUAUAGUGAGCAGAAAUGCUAUGUGCAACAAUCGACCAAUAAACCUUCAGAUAAGGAGGUUUAAUACUAGGAGUGAUAACAGGUAUUGGGCAGCUUCUCAGUUUUCUGUCAGCUUCUAUCAGGGUCUGACGAUUUCACAAUAAAAAGUCCUUGUUAAUCUGAUUGUUUAUUACUAAACACAAAAGUUCGAUUUUUCCAUUUCCUGGACUCCUGAGUAAAAAAAAAAACGGAAAGAAGUUCCAUUGAUUAAAUUCAUUGACACAUUAAAUAUGAAAGUCGCAGUGAUGCAGUAGAAUAGAAAAACCUUCUAUUUCGUGUAAUAAGUAUCAGUAGCGAUUCUAAUUUGGAUUGAAUAAAAGUAACAUGAGGGAUAUUACACAAAUAAAACUAUAAGCUACAGGCGAAAAGAAAAACGUAGUGAUGACUCUUUAUCGAGGAUUGCCACAAAAUGGUAUUUUAUCUUAAUAUUGGUUCCAAGAUAACGGACAGAGAUAUGGAUUACGCACUAUUUAUCAAAUCAGCAAAUCGAAAGGUACGUGAAGAGUACCUGGACAUUGGAGAAUACCAGACUAUUAUAUAUCGGUGAAUUACUUUGUCGCAGGAUCAAAUUUUCUUCUAAGCCAUAAAAAAGGUAUACGAAUGGUGGACUAACUCAGCAUUCUAUGGCGUUAAUGGUUAAUGAGGUGUUUUGACAAAGAUUAAGAAAAGAGUGUUAUCUAAUACGGUGGUGUUACUAGUAACAACAAAAAAUAACUAUGGGUUUCAAGUGGUUUCGUGCGAGAAUGAGAAUGAAUAGGAUGCCAUCGCAUUCAUCAGCCGUGGCAGGAUCUUACAAGCCAAUGUCACAGUUUGAUUGCGACUUGAUUAUUCCUAAUAACAAUGGAACAACCUUAGGAUCAGUGCCCAUGCCCAUACUGAAUAAUCCAAUGGCUGGAUUAAAUAAUUCCGAUGUGGAGGAUGGAUUCAUGAGGAAAUUCUCCAAGUCAAUGAACGAUUUGAUUACCCAGGAGGAUAUCUAUACAGUGAGUACUGGACCUCCUAGACAUUUGUCAGGAGUAUCUUACACGAAUUUAUCCGAGCAGAGGGUUGAGGUGGCUACACCAAAGCCAGUGGUAAAAUCGCACAAGGCGGAGUACAGAAGGAAGAAGGCGCAGGCGCCGGUACCGAAAAUGUUGAACAAAUUAAAUCAGCCUGAGAAUAAUGGCGCGCAAGUGUUGGACAAUAAAAAUCGUGGCACCUAUGUGACAAUCGAUAAGCCACGCUCUUCCCAAGAGAGUGACAUUGAAAUAUGACUUGGAGGAACCUUGUUUUGACCUCAGGAUGACUGCGGGUUCCUAUAAAUUGAUCGAGAUUACUUUCUGUACAUACACCAUACAUCCUUAGACAGGUGUAAUGACAAUCUGCUAGACUUAUGUGACUAUUGUUAUAUAUGCUAGGUUCCUUAUGGUAUUCAAUAAUGAUAUUGCGGAUGAGUUUAUCAUUCAGCGUGUAAAAAAAAAAUUCACGAUCUUUGCCAGAUAAAUUGCUACGAGAAUUUAAAGCUAGCAUAUGUUCUUUAUCGUUGAAUUGGUAAAGCUAUACAUUACGCAAAAUUUAUGUAUUUAAACGUAACCAUUGCCGGACUCUAAUAAGAGUGAUCAAUCAUUUUGAGUCAAGUCGUUGUUAUUAGUAAGAACAUGCAUAAUCGC